ACACGCCAUUGGUAAAUCCCACUCUCUCUCUAAACAUCAUACAUAUAUCCCCUCUCUCUCUUUCUCUCUCUAGAUAUUCCUCUCUUUCUCUCUCUAGAUAUUCCUGUUUAGUUCCAUCAACAGUAGCAGAGAGUUGCAGAAGCUGAGAGCAGAAACUUGGCAGAGGACAUAUAUCCAUCAGUUAGUUAUAAACGGUUUUCUAUACCCAUUUUACCCUUCUUUUCCUUUUAAAUUUAGUUUUGAUUGCCAUUGACUCUCCCAUCAAAACAACCUCCAUUUCUGGAUCUGAAACAAACUAGGCUUCUUCACAUCUCAGCUCAACCACCAUGAUUUCUUGGAACGAUCUUUACACCGUCUUAACGGCUGUGAUUCCGCUCUACGUUGCCAUGAUCUUGGCCUACGGCUCAGUCCGGUGGUGGAAGAUUUUCUCUCCCGACCAGUGUUCCGGCAUCAACCGGUUCGUGGCAAUUUUCGCCGUCCCUCUCUUGUCCUUCCACUUCAUCUCCCAGAACAACCCGUACGCCAUGAACUUCCGCUUCAUUGCUGCCGAUACCCUCCAGAAGAUCAUCAUGCUCGUAGUGCUCGGCAUCUGGACCAAAUUCACCAAGAACGGCAGUCUCGAAUGGAUGAUUACGAUAUUUUCUGUCUCUACACUGCCCAACACUCUGGUCAUGGGUAUCCCGCUCUUGAUCGCCAUGUACGGCGACUACUCCGGCAGCCUCAUGGUUCAGGUGGUGGUGUUACAGUGCAUUAUCUGGUACACUCUCCUCCUGUUCCUGUUCGAAUAUCGCGGCGCGAAGAUGCUCAUUAUGGAGCAGUUCCCGGAGACCGCCGCGUCCAUUGUCUCGUUCAAGGUCGGGUCCGACGUCGUCUCGCUCGACGGACAAGACUUUCUGGAGACGGACGCCGAAAUCGGAGAUGACGGGAAGCUUCACGUGACAGUGAGGAAGUCGAACGCGUCGAGGAGAUCUCUCGGUCUCGGGCCGGGUUCGUUCUCGGCAUUGACUCCUCGGCCGUCGAACCUCACCGGAGCAGAGAUUUACAGCUUGAGCUCGUCGAGAAACCCGACUCCGAGAGGUUCAAAUUUCAAUCACUCCGACUUCUAUUCGAUGAUGGGUUUUCAGGGGAGGCUGUCAAACUUCGGUGCGGGUGAUUCUUAUUCGGUUCAAUCGGCGAGGCCAUCGAAUUGCGAAGAGAACUGCCUGCCCGUAGGUCAGAAUAUGAGCUCACCGAGAUUCGGAUUCUAUCCGGCUCAGACGGUACCCACUUCUUACCCGGCACCGAAUCCUGAAAUUUCGUCCACUGUUUCAAAACCCGCCAAAAAUCAACCACCGCCGCCGCCACAACAACCACCGCAAAACACGUCGCAGAGUAAAGCCAACCAUGAUGCUAAGGAGCUUCACAUGUUUGUGUGGAGCUCAAGUGCGUCGCCUGUCUCGGAGGGCGGCGGCCUCCACGUACUCGGCGCUGCGGCUGAUUUCAGUGCCACCGAGCAAUCAGGACGGUCCGAUCACGGCGCCAAGGAAAUCAGGAUGUUGGUUUCCGAUCACCCCCAAAAUGGGGAAGCUAAAGCUGUUCCGGAAAGUGAGGACUUUGGUGGGGAAAACUUCAGCUUUGGAGGUGGUGGCAGAGAGGGAGAUGAUGAGAGAGGAAAGGAGGGACCCACUGCCCUCUCAAAGCUGGGAUCCAGCUCCACUGCUGAGCUGCACCCUAAACUCACCUUAGGUCAUGACUCCGGUGCCGGAAAACAGAUGCCUCCGGCGAGCGUUAUGACCCGUCUGAUCUUAAUCAUGGUUUGGCGUAAGCUUAUCCGAAACCCCAACACAUACUCCAGCCUCAUUGGUCUAAUUUGGUCUCUCGUCGCAUUUAGGUGGAAUGUGGCAAUGCCAAAAAUAAUAGUGAAGUCAAUUUCUAUACUAUCUGAUGCUGGUCUUGGAAUGGCUAUGUUCAGCUUAGGUCUGUUUAUGGCUCUUCAACCUAAGAUAAUCGCAUGCGGGAACUCAGUGGCCGCGUUUGCCAUGGCCGUAAGGUUCCUCACUGGCCCAGCAGUAAUGGCUGCAGCCUCCAUUGCUGUUGGCCUGCGUGGUGUGCUCCUCCAUGUCGCAAUUGUACAGGCUGCACUUCCACAAGGGAUUGUUCCAUUUGUGUUUGCCAAAGAAUAUAAUGUCCACCCGCAAAUUCUUAGCACUGGGGUUAUUUUUGGGAUGUUGAUAGCUUUGCCAAUAACUCUAGUCUACUACAUUGCUCUUGGAUUGUGAGGAUUAUUGUGAAGCAACCAACCAAAAUACCUAGAGGAAAUAAAAUAAUAUUGAAUGUUGGAUGUUUGUCAAGCUUCGAUGCAUCGAUGGCUGCAAAUAUUGUAUUAACUAGCCGUGGAUUUGAAGACGAUAGAGGGUGAUUAAGCGAAGAAUUUUCGAAGGAUUCGAGAGAUUUGGUGCACAUAUUUUUGACUUGGUGAAGCCCUAAUUGGAGGAUCAUGCCCCCAUUUAAAGUAAAGGCAUGGCUACUUCAACAAAAAGAAAGAGGGAUCGUCUUGUAGAAGGGGGACAAAAGAAGAGGAAAACAGGGAAAAGAGAAGUGCUCAUUAAUUUAAUUUGUAUUCUCUUUUUAUAAUAUAAUGUAAAGUUUUAUUUGAAAAUUCACUUUGGUAGAUUAUAAUGGGACAACAUCAACUGAUUUACGUCAGUGAUAUAGAACGGAAGGAAGUAUCUCCUUCUUAUUUUGUUCUUAUAAAAUCUUUUCUUUCAUUA